CUGAAUCGCACUGCUCGGAGAGCUUAAACUUGAAGCUGAAGUUGAGCAGAGGCAACUGCGAAAAGCCAUUUCACACCUCUGUCUCUACCAUUAACAAACUCAGUUUCAUCUUCCUGCCAGUUUCAGAUAACUUGUGGUUGUGCACAACAAGAUACUUUGAUAUACGUGUAUGUCGAUCUCCAAUGCGGGCAUCAAGGGUAGGCUACAAUAACAGAGCAGAAACUACCCCGACAUCCCGGUAGAUAAGUUUGCAAAAUUUCCCGCUUUCUAUCUUUCAUUAAGAUGUUCGAACAUGCCUGCAGAAGGAUAAUGUAAUUCCUUCGUUUUUGUUACUCAUGAACGCCAACAUCAUAGCGAAGGAAUUGCGCCACUGCGCACAAGUUAGAGCUUUCAGACGAGGCAAUGCCAUUCAUGCUUAUUUAAGAAAAUUUGGGUGUUUGAACGAUGUGUUUCUUGCCAACAAUUUGAUUUCCAUGUAUGCGGAGUUUUUUAAUGUACGAGAUGCAGAGAAGGUGUUUGAUGAAAUGACUGACAAGAAUAUUGUUACUUGGACCACCAUGGUUUCUGCAUUUACUGAUGGUGGAAGACCUUAUGAGGCACUCCGAGUGUAUAAUGAUAUGCCGGAAUCAGAGACACCCAAUGGGUACAUGUAUUCCGCGGUUCUAAAGGCAUGUGGGUUUGUGGGUGAUUUGGGUUUAGGUAAACUAAUUCAAGAAAGAAUAUAUGGAGAUAAAUUACAGGCCGAUACUAUUUUGAUGAAUUCUCUCAUGGACAUGUAUGUGAAAUGUGGAAGCUUGAAUGAUGCCGUGAAAGUUUUCCACAAUAUUUCACGGGCCACCACAACUACUUGGAACAUCAUUGUUUCUGGCUAUAGCAAGGCUGGUUUGAUGGUGGAGGCUGAAAAACUUUUUCAUUGUAUGCCACACCCAAAUGUUGUAUCUUGGAACAGUAUGAUUGCUGGUUUUGCAGACAAUGGGAGUCAGCGCGCGUUGGAAUUUGUGUCCAUGAUGCACAAAGAGGGCCUCAAGCUUGAUGAUUUCACAUUUCCGUGCGCUUUAAAGAUCAGUGCGCUUCAUGGGUUAUUAGUCAUCGGGAAACAAAUUCAUACCUAUGUCACCAAGUUGGGCUAUGAAUCUAGUUGUUUCACGUUGUCUGCCCUGAUUGAUAUGUAUUCGAAUUGCAAUGACCUGAUCGAAGCAGUCAAGUUAUUUGACCAACACUCUUCUUUCAACCCUUCCAUUACUGAUAACCUGGCAUUGUGGAACUCGAUGCUUUCAGGAUAUGUUAUCAACAACUGUGACCAAGCAGCUUUGAAUUUGAUUUCAGAAAUCCAUUGCUCGGGUGCAUUACUGGACUCUUACACCUUUGGUGGUGCUUUAAAGGUCUGCAUCAACUUAUUAAGUCAGAGGGUUGGCUUUCAACUACAUGGUUUGAUUAUCACUUGUGGUUAUGAGUUGGACUAUGUUGUUGGAAGCAUUCUUGUGGAUCUUUAUGCAAAACUAGGAAACAUUGACGAUGCAUUAGCAAUGUUCCAUAGGCUUCCAAGGAAAGAUAUAAUAGCUUGGUCGGGUUUGAUCAUGGGAUGUGCUCAAAUUGGAUUAAACUGGUUAGCUUUCUCGAUGUUCAAAGAUAUGCUCGAGUUGGUUAAUGAAAUAGAUCAUUUUGUCAUUUCAACCAUUUUGAAAGUCUGCUCCAAUUUAGCAUCUCUUAGAAGUGGAAAGCAGGUCCAUGCAUUCUGUGUCAAGAGUGGGUAUGAAAUGGAGGGGUUCACAAUCACAUCCCUUCUUGAUAUGUAUUCAAAAUGCGGUGAAAUUGAGGAUGCAUUAACAUUGUUUUAUUGUAUACGAGAAAAAGACAUAGUUAGUUGGACUGGUAUCAUUGUAGGAUGUGGACAAAAUGGAAGGGCGACCGAGGCAAUCAGGUUAUUUCAUGAGAUGAUUCGAUCAGGGAUAAAUCCAAAUGAAAUCACAUUUCUAGGGGUUCUUUCUGCAUGUCGAUAUGCUGGUUUGGUUGAAGAGGCACGAAGCAUAUUUAAUUCCAUGAAAUCGGUAUAUGAACUAGAACCUCAUUUAGAGCAUUACUGCUGCAUGGUUGAUCUUCUUGCGUUAGCGGGGCUUCCUGAAGAAGCUGAAAAAUUGAUAGCAAAUAUGCCAUUUGAGCCAGAUCAGACCACAUGGCGCACUUUGCUGGGGGCAUGUGGAACUCGCAAUGAUACCAAGCUUAUUAACAGUGUUGCUGAUGGCCUUCUUAAAGCUACACCAGAUGACCCUUCAACAUACGUGACAGUUUCAAAUGCUUAUGCAUCACUUGGGAUGUGGCAUACCCUGAGUAAAGCGAGGGAGGCUUCAAAAAAAGUCAGAGUCAAAAGAGCUGGGUUGAGCUGGAUUGAGGUUUCGAGUUGAAAAGAAAUCCUGUUUUGAUUGAUAGGCUUAAACCUCACUUGAAAUGAGGAUCAUCCCAUGAAAUUGGUCACUUGAACAAGUCUACACAUGAAAAGGAGAGAGAGAUUGCUCUUGGAACCAAAGUUCAAAGGGAUCCCAUAUGUCCAAGGACCUGUCCUGCCUUGGUGGAAAUAACUACAUAACAUAGAGGAUGACUCCACUGUUAAUUUCAAGAAACUGGAAGUGGCGAGCUGCAGUUUCCUGUCAAGUCUUUGAUGGUUUCCUCCUAAACUGAUAAUUCUUUUGGUAAUGGUAAUGGGCAUGGCCAGAGUGGAGGAGGAAUAUUCAACUGACAUAAAGUGACGAUGCCUAAAUGACUAAUUAUGGCAUUUUGGUCCCAGGGUGUAGAUUGACGAUUCAAAAGCAGCUAGUCAAUUCAGCCACGUAUUUAGUCAAGCGGGACAAAAUGUGUUUUUUCCAAAAAUGAACAACAUGAUUGCUGGGCCCCGACAACAUCAGAAGGGCUAACUGCACCCACAGUACUUCGUGAGUCUGCUAAUUCUCUACUUUUUCAUAAUUAUAAUUAAGAUCCAAUGUGAAUUUUUUGCUCUCCCCACUAUGAUACAGAUAGACUUCUGUUUCGAUUGAGACUCGGUAUUUUAUUUGCUAUUUGCACAUUUUCUAGAAAUAUUUUGCUUUGAUAAGAUGAGACCAACAACUGAUCCCUCUUGGAAGAGGCCAUGUCUCCGGCAGAACAGUUGGUGGCAGAUUGUUGUCUGGAAAGAAAGCAUUCCUACGUUAUGUUGCUUUCUUCUUGCAAUCAUAUAACCCACUACCUAUCUUCCUCGCCAGUCACUAGUCCAUUUUAAUGCUCUGCUUCAGCUCCACCUUUUUCAGGCCCCGCGUGAGCCGUGAGGUAUUGCUACCCUUUAUUUAUUUAUUUAUUUUUUACUGUUACCAAUUACUAGAAUAAAAUGUAACGGCAAAAAGUAAAUAGAAGACAUGAAUUCUGAAUUGGCGCCAAAACCGCGACCUACCCGCUUCUUUUCAAGGGUUCUUUUACCCUUGUUGGGUUUUGUACAACUCUUGAUUUUUUAAUCUUUGUCCAAAGAAAAAUGAGGUCUUAAGUUCUUCUAACCAAGGCUAUGCUUAGCUUGAAACUUCAUUAUGUAACUCCUAGAAAUUUCCAAAAGUUUGGCGGGUAUGAGCAAAAAAUAUAGUCUAAUAAAUUAGCAUAUCUAGGAUGUGAAGAUAACCCACACCCAAGCACAUGGCCUAUUUUGGGUUCACUCCGACCAUCAUAGGAGUUGUGGUACAUAUACACUCAUUUCAAGAUGGCAAUCGUCAUUAGAGAGCCUUGGUGAAAUUAAAGGCCUUGAGCUUAAAAGUUGGAAGUUAUUUUCCUUCUUUUCCUAAGUAGAAAGGUGACUUAUUUCUGUGAUUCAUAUAUGGGCCUAAGAGAUUUUAAUUUUUGGUUGGAUCUUAGGCCACUUUAUCUAUCUGUAAUGAAAAUUGAUGUAAUCGUAAUAAGAUUCCAUUGAUGGAUCAAUUAUAAUGAACCUGAAUUGCAAACGUGAUUUGGUUGCUUUUGAUCGCGUUUAUUUAGAAUUAUGAAUUUAUCAACUUUAUUAUUACUGUUACCGUUACUAUUAUUGUUUAACCCUAACUAUAACAAUAAAGGUAAAAGUAAAGAUAAUAUUAAAUGUGACAGAUUUAUAAUUCUCAUAUCGUUACAGUAACAAUAUUUGUAAUGGUAACGAGUAAAAGUAAUGGGUCUUACGUAAUUUUCACACACAAUUAGAUUAAACACCUUAUGUUCCUCUCUCAGAUUGCAUAUUUUGAUUAUAGAUUUGAAGGCGUAUCCGACAUUUCAUUAUGAUUAUAAAACACAAAUAAACAACAAACAAACAUAAUCAACUAAAGUUCACGUUUAGAUUAAUUCCAAUCUUUAAUUAUUUAUUUGAUUACAUUUCACGUGAGUAAACAUGACAUUAGAGAAAACUCUGAACAUUUAUUUACUACCUUCUCAAAAAAGUGGUUUCUUAGAAAAAUGCAGUAUUGUUUAAAAUUAUUGCAUGAAGUCAUUAAAUUUAUAGGGGAAUAAUUAUCCUCAAUUCUCACUAUAGAAGUAAGGCAAAUGUCUCCACAUUAUAAGUACGAUUUGAAUGUGCAAGAUGUGCAUUUAAUGCCACCA